AUGGUGUUUUAUGAUACUGAAAUUCACAAUGAGCAAUUACCACCAAUAGAUACACCAACGUCGAGUUUAUCGAGGAAAUGGUGUAAAUUACGUCAACGGUGUGCUUCGUUUCAUGCAAUGAAAAGUUUUGAUUGUACAUCGGGAGAGGGCCCAUCUUCACUUCCUUAUCUACAUUAUGAUAAUGGACUGACUGGAGUAAUGCCUAAUGGACAGCAAAUAUUUUCACAGCAACACCAUCAUCAGCAUCAGCAUCAGCAAAAUUUUAUUCUCGCACAUGACCCACACAUGAUUACCAUUAUGAAUGAAAAGAAACCAAAGAUAGUUGCUUCAAUCGAUAAUCAUCAUAAUGCUUAUUAUGGAAAUAAUCAUCAAAUCGUGUACGAACCAAUUAUGGAGCAUCAAAGAAUGAAGACAUGCAAGUGCAAAAACAAGUAUUCAGCAUCAGCAUCGUCAUUAAAUUAUGAUGUCAAGUCAGAACCAGCACAAAUUCUGCACGUAUUGAACCAACAGCAGACACGUUUACAGUAUUUUGAUGGACAAGAUGUAAAGGCAAAGCCGAAGACACGAAGGCUUAGCCUUUUUGGUAGUGAACGUAAACCAAAGAAGGAAGCGGAAAAGACAUUUGACUUGAAACAAUUUAAAUCUGUAUCGAUGAGAUGCAAUCAUCAUCAUCAACAUUUGAUGUAUAUUAGGGAGCAACAAAUGCUUCAACAGCUCCAGCAACAAAAGCAAGCAGAAGAAAUAGAAAAGGAUUCUCAAUUAGUCAAGAAUACAAUGAAAACGAAAUUUAAUACCUUGGGUCGGAAGAAAAGAUCCAUUUAUGAUAUAUUUUUUAACAAUAAUAAGUCUUCCCCAAGCAACGAAUCUAAUAUUAGACAACCGACAUUUUACGUUCCACUACCUGAAAAAAUAAUAGCUGAGAAUUCAAUUCAGCAUCAUCAACAUCGUGCACAUAUUUGUAAUAGUUCACAUCAAAUACGUUCCUUACGUUCACGUUCAGUAUGUGCUGACAAUGGUAGUCGAUUACUCUUUCAUAACAUUGAAGAGUCUUCAGGUCAUCAAAUGAACCAUCAUAAAAAAUCAAAUAGCUUCAAUCCACGUGAAUCCCUAGAAAUUACAUCCUUUCUGUUUAGUAAAUUAAGAAUGAACUCUAAUGAUGGAGAAAAAAGUGCCACAUUCUCUGGACGACGGGAGCAGCAUUCUGCUGUUCAACAGAAUGAAAAAAUCAGCAAAAGAAAAAUCUCUGAAGAAGUGGACGUCAACUCAAAAGAUAAUACUAAUGUAAAGGACUCCAACGGUAAUUCAACAUCAAACAAAACAGACUCUAUAACCCUACCGGCAAAAUCAAAUGUUAUUCCUAAAAGUACUUUGAUAUUAAUAAAAGUACAGUUCAUAAAAAAUCCUGGGUCAAAAGCACUUGGAUUUUCUAUAGUAGGCGGUAUAGAUUCUCCGAAAGGAAAAAUGGGUAUUUUUGUGAAAACCAUAUAUCCAUAUGGUCAGGCAGCAGCAAGUGGGCAACUGAAAGAGGGAGAUCUGAUCCUUUCUGUGAAUACUCAACCGCUGCAUGGUGUGACUCAUCAAGAAGCUAUUAAUGUUUUUAAAAGUAUAAAGACCGGUCUAGUUGAAAUGAUUGUUGGCAGACAGCAGAGUAUUCAUCCACAAUAG